GUUCCGGAGCUAGUCUCGGCACACGUCUAUUCUAUAAAAAAAAAAAAAAAAAAAUUAAAAAAAAUUAAAAACACAAAAAUAACUAAAAACAUUGCCUUUCUCUUGUAAAAAAAAAAAAAAAAUCAGGUGAAGCAAGGAAACGUCUACCAAACUAUAAACCAAGAAGAAGAAAUAGCGGAAAAAAACGACGUGUUGAAGAAAAAGGCCUGUGCUUGAUUUUCGAAUUGCGUUAGACUUCUUAUCUCUGUUUCUCUGUCGUGUCUAUCUGGCUGCUGCCCAUGUGCGAUUUGCGUUUGAGAGAAAUCUUCAACACAUAUCAGAAACUAGCGUCGAUUUCCAAAUAUUGAAGUAUAUUUGGUGUAUCGGUACGCUUCUAAGAUUUUAUUUUUUUUUCAUUUUUCACGUUACGUUAAGGAAGCAAGCCGCGCGUUCCUUUACUAAGUUAGGUUUAAAUUCUGUUUAAGGGUUUCGUAAAUUAAAAAUAAAACCGAGUUUGUGUUUUAUAAACAAAUUUUUAAAUAGUCUUUAAACGUAUUAUUUUUAAUUAUUACUUUUAGGGUAGAUCUAAAAAAAAAAAAAAAAAAAAAAAAAAAACUUCCUUGUUUUAUAAUCGAUUGCGUUUACGAAGAUGAAUCCCAGCGCUCCGAGCUACCCGAUGGCCUCCCUGUAUGUCGGCGAUCUCCACCCAGAUGUAACCGAGGCCAUGCUAUACGAGAAAUUCAGUCCCGCUGGGCCGAUCCUGUCGAUUCGGGUCUGCAGGGACAUGAUCACCCGAAGGUCCCUUGGAUAUGCAUACGUCAACUUCCAGCAACCCGCCGAUGCUGAGCGUGCUUUGGACACCAUGAACUUUGAUGUCAUCAAGGGAAAGCCUGUGCGUAUCAUGUGGUCUCAACGUGACCCUUCUUUGAGGAAGAGUGGAGUGGGAAACAUCUUCAUCAAGAACCUGGACAAAUCCAUAGAUAACAAAGCUCUAUAUGACACCUUCUCUGCUUUUGGAAAUAUCCUUUCCUGUAAGGUGGUAUGUGAUGAAAAUGGUUCAAAGGGAUAUGGAUUUGUGCACUUUGAAACCCAGGAAGCUGCAGAAAGAGCCAUUGAAAAGAUGAACGGCAUGCUUCUCAAUGACCGAAAAGUAUUUGUUGGGCGUUUCAAAUCUCGCAAGGAGCGGGAGGCCGAGCUUGGCGCUAGGGCAAAGGAGUUCACAAAUGUGUACAUCAAAAACUUUGGAGAGGACAUGGAUGAUGAGAAGCUUAAAGAAAUUUUUGGACCAGCCUUGAGUAUCAGAGUAAUGACUGAUGACAGUGGAAAGUCAAAGGGCUUUGGCUUUGUUAGCUUUGAGAGACAUGAAGAUGCACAAAAAGCAGUGGAUGAGAUGAAUGGGAAAGAGGUCAAUGGAAAACAAAUCUACGUUGGCCGCGCUCAGAAGAAAGUUGAACGUCAGACGGAGCUUAAGCGCAAGUUUGAGCAAAUGAAGCAGGACAGAAUGACCCGUUACCAGGGUGUCAAUCUGUAUGUGAAAAAUCUUGAUGAUGGCAUCGAUGAUGAGCGUCUGCGCAAGGAGUUUACACCAUUUGGCACCAUUACUAGUGCUAAGGUUAUGAUGGAGGGUGGUCGUAGCAAGGGCUUUGGCUUUGUGUGUUUCUCCUCCCCGGAGGAAGCCACCAAGGCUGUGACUGAAAUGAACGGCAGGAUUGUCGCUACCAAGCCUCUGUACGUUGCUCUGGCGCAGCGCAAGGAGGAGCGACAGGCUCACCUGACCAACCAGUACAUGCAGAGGAUGGCAAGUGUCAGAGCUGUUCCAAACCCAGUCAUCAACCCUUACCAGCCAGCACCUCCUUCUGGAUACUUCAUGGCAGCUAUUCCACAGGCUCAGAACCGAGCUGCAUACUACCCAACAAGCCAGCUUGCACAACUGAGACCUAGCCCUCGCUGGACUACACAGGGUGUGAGGCCGCAGCAUUUCCAAGGCAUGCCCAAUGCCCUCCGCCCUUCAGCCCCAAGAGCACCAACCUUCAGUGCAAUGAGACCAACUUCCUCUCAGGGGGUUCCACGCGUGAUGUCCACUCAGCGAGUUGCAACACAGGCGAUGGGACCACGCCCUGCCGCUGCUGCUGCGGCUGCUGCAGCUGCUCCUGGGGUCCGAGGUGUUCCACAGUACAAGUACGCUGCCGGUGUCCGCAAUCCUCAGCAGCAUCUCAACAGUCAGCCCCAGGUUUCCAUGCAGCAGCCUGCUGUCCAUGUGCAAGGCCAGGAACCUUUGACUGCUUCCAUGCUAGCCUCUGCUCCUCCACAGGAGCAGAAGCAGAUGCUGGGUGAGCGUCUUUUCCCACUGAUCCAGGCGAUGCAUCCCAGUUUGGCUGGAAAAAUCACUGGAAUGCUUCUGGAGAUUGACAAUUCUGAGCUGCUCCACAUGCUGGAGUCUCCAGAGUCUCUGAGAUCCAAGGUUGAUGAAGCUGUAGCUGUACUGCAGGCCCAUCAGGCCAAAGAGGCUGCACAGAAAUCUGUAACGAAUUCAGCUGGUGUUCCAAGUGUCUAAGCUAAGGUAUGAGGGACCUUGAAAUGAGACCAACUUGCUUCACCUAAGGAAAAAAAAAAAUUAAACAUUGAAAAAUUCUAAAACACUCAAAACAUUGCAAAAAAAUAAAACCUAUAAAAAAGGAAAGGAAACUUUACAGAACUGAUGCCAGGUCUAGAGAAACUAAAGCUAGACCUAGAUAUAUAUUUAAAAAAAAAAAAAAAAGGAAAAAGAAACUUUAAAUUAUAAAAACUAGGGGUUUGAUCAUUUUCACCACAGUACAUGAAACAAAGCAUUCCUUUCUUUUAUUUUGUAUUCCUUUACUGUGUGAAUGCUCAGAAUGUCAACACUGUCGGUUGGCAGUGGUAUUUGAUAGCUGAGCGUUGAAAAAAAAUGCUUGCUUUAAUAAAAGUUUAAAACAUCUGAA